AUGCAUCUACGUGGGCUGAUACAAUUAAAAGGAACCCUUUGUGGAGUUGGUCCGCGAAACUUCACUACAUUGACACUCAAGAUGAUCCGACGACAACUUGCAAUGUUUCAGAGGACCGUGAUUGCGAAGACGGAAAUUGCAUUGUUGGAGGCAACCAUUGCCAAUUACACAUCUCGAUUAGACAGUUCAAGCGGCCUUAGCUUCACAGAAAGGAGCAUUGCACUCAGAUUCCUCACUCAUUUCUUGGGAGACAUAACGCAACCGUUACACGUAUGCGGAAGAGAAAUAGGAGGAAACGGUCACCACGUCAUAUUCGAUGGACGACAAAGCGAAAACCUCCACGGCAUCUGGGACAGCGAUAUGUGGUUGAAAUCGGAUGCAUGCUUACCACCAAUUGAUAACAAUAGCAAGAUUGAACUCAAACACUUAUUUCCUCUCCCUACUCCCCAGGUCCGCAAACGACUAGACGAUUUCUCAGGUUCUAUUGAUGCCGCUAUCGAAGCAUAUGCUGCGAACCUAACUUCCGCAAUCAUGUCUGGCGACUACAAAGACAUUUCAUCUGGCUGGGUCUCAUGUAUAGGGGGUCUUAAAGCAACUACACAAUGUCCAUUACAAUGGGCUGCGGAUAGCAAUGCUCUCAAUUGUAAGAUCGUGUGGAGUUACGUUCUUGAUAAUCCAGGCACGGAUUUAGACGGUGAAUAUUAUGACUCGGUUGUUCCAUACAUCGAUCUGCAGCUUGCUAAAGGAGGGUAUAUGUUGGGAACGCUUCUGAAUAGCUUGCUGAGUGGAACUGGAUCCGUGGUAUUACAAGACUAA